CGUGACUUUGUUUGUGACACGUGCGAUGCAGUUGCCGGCGACUCUUCGUGUGUUUCGCGAGACUCGAGUGUACACCAUUUACGUCCUCUUUGUAUUGCUGCUUGCCUAUCUCGUCAGUCAGCUCGAGCGCUACACUCUUCCAAUCGUCGCGCGUCCGGUCACGCAAGCGCUCAAGUUCGGCGACAAGUCAUGCCUUGCGAACUCGAGUAAUUUCUACUACAGUAAACACGAGGAUAAGUUCAAGAAGCAAUGUAAAGCAGUUAACAACAACAACGAUGUCUUCCAACGUUCGAAACCUAACUUGUGCAAUCAACACAGUAUCAAUGUGAGUUGCAAUGUAAUCAACCAUACAAAUGUUUGUAAUGCAACACACGGAUGUAAGUGGGACUACGAUGGCACUGGUCUUCUGUAUCAGGUAGUGGCCGGCCCGAUUUUUAUUCUUGUCUAUACUGUUGCUGCAAUACCACUUGGACUAGCAGCCGAUCGCUACAGCAGAGUGAAACUACUGACUGUAUGCAUGGUGGUGUGGUCGCUUUCGACAGCUGCUUCGGGAUUUUGCACAGCCUACUGGAACCUUGUCCUUUCACGAAUGGGCCUAGCAAUUGGAGUGGCUGGCUGCACACCAUUAGCGGUCAGUAUUUUAUCAGACUACUUUGCUCAGAAUCAUCGUGCCUCUGCGGUCGGCGUCUACAACUGGGGCAUCUACACGGGCUAUAGUCUCUCGUUUGCUAUCGGCAAUGUAGUAAAUGAGGCUCUUGGAUGGCGAUGGGCAUUUUUUAUUGCAGCGAUACCCGGUGGUGUCAUCGCUUCGCUCGUAUACUCGACGAUCAAGGAACCGCAACGUGGGAAGAGUGAUGGUGAGCAGACGGGGCCGGCUCUGGUGCUCACGCUGAGAGAGAAAGUUGUUGGAUUGGUGAAGUCGUUUAUCUUGAGUCCGUCGAUGCUGAUUCUCUGUGUAGCCGGUGGGAUACGGAACGGUGGAGGAUAUGUGUGGAGUCUCAACACCGAGACGUUCUACGAGAAGGUCAAAUCGCAAUCGACUGAACAGAUCAGUACCUACAUGUCAUGGAUUCCGCUCGUUGGUGGAUCCCUUGGCGUUCUGGUCGGUGGAUUUAUUUCGGAUCGAAUCGUGAAGAGGUCCGGACCACACGGUCGUGUUUGGGUCCUCGUUUUCAGUCAGAUGUUGGCCGCUCCCUUCUGUGUUGGCGCCUUAUUCCUUAGCCCUCCUUGGUGCUAUUUGUCUCUCAUUCCGUCCAAUCUUAUUGGCGAGAUGUGGGUGAGUGUGACAAUGACGGUCGUACUCGAGCUCGUGCCCGUGUAUCUCAGGACAUCGUCCGUUGCAGUCUACUUCUUCAUAAUCACCAAUAUCGGUGGGAAUUUGAACCCUCUUGUUUCGGUUAUCAAACACGCUUUGGGUGGAACAGACAGAGCAUAUAAAUUUGCUCUGCUUAUUAUGUAUGCUGGGCUGUACGUGUUGGGUGGCUUACUCUUUCUUCUUUCACUGUUUUUACUGAAGUGGGACAUGAGACGAGUACGAUUAGUGGAAACCGAGAAGAUGUCACUUUUACAUAGAGACAAACAAGAUGACCCUUAUGAUAGCCUCGGAGACACACUACCGAAGUAAUACUAAUCCAUGUUGGACACAUAAUCAUAUUGCUGUCAGGUUUAGUCGAGAGUUUUACAGAUGAAGUGUAUAUGCAGUUGAUGGCUGCGUUUGCAACAAUGUAUUGCAAUAGCAGAGAGUUAUAGUCCAGCCAUCAAUCCGACUUUUAGAUUAGAUUUUGUUGCAGCCAAGUAGACGAUAUCGUACCUUGUGUACUGUGGUAGGAUUUCUAUUACUGGACUUCAGGAAUUGAAGGAAGAUGAAAAGUGUAUACAAUUUGUGCUUACUGGUCUGACACAUUGAAUGUUAGUUUGGCCCAGAUUGCACAGAUUACUGAUCUGGUGAAAUUUCGUCAAUCUGUUGUGGUCGUAUUGUGAUGAUUAGAUAAACUGUAUGCAGCUAGAGUGC